AUGUCGGAUUUUGAGGAAAACCCCGACGAAUUUAUCGUUGAGAAGGUUCUUCGGGUUAGAAUUCGUAACGGAAAAAAGGAGUAUUUUCUUAAAUGGAAGGGUUAUCCUGAUUCUGAGAAUACUUGGGAGCCUGAGGAAAAUCUGGAUUGUCCAGAUCUGAUCAAGCAGUUCGAGGAGAAUGCCAAGAAACUCGCGAAAACACGACCCGCUGGAAGACCAUCCAGCAUUGAGUCGGAUGCGAACAAAACCGUGGAACGCAUUAUUGGGGCCACAGAGUCUUCGGGGGAGCUUAUGUUCUUAAUUAAAUGGCAAGGGAUUGAUAUUGCAGAUCUCGUUCCAGCCAAAGAGGCCAAUGUUAAGUGUCCUCAAGCGGUCAUCAAGUUCUAUGAAGAACGGUUAACCUGGCACACUCCUGACUCCCAAUCGUCUCCAGCCAGAACAUAG